AUGGCGAUUGAUGGCUGCAAUUCGCCCGAGACCAAUGUCGGAUUUCCAGAAGAAUACAGUGGGCUAGUUGGCGACCAGAUCACCAAUGUUUCCUUUGGGAUUCUGAAACAAGCUCAGGAUGCGCUCUCGCGCAAGCGCAAAAGAGGGUCGGAUCAGACGCAAGACCAGGACCAGAAACUGGAAGCUCUUCGGCAAAGAUUAAGACAAAUCAAAGAAUCCAAAUCAUUGCCGUCGUCCUCGGCCAAAGAUUUAGGCGGCGCAUCAGCGAAACUUGAGACUCGGUCAAGACGAAUUGAAGGCAAGGACGGUGUGGAGGAGGAUACGGGAAGCGACUCAGACUCUGCGCCGUCUGAAGAAGGUGAUGACAUUUCGCGCUCCCGCACUUCCAAACAUGCUCCGGCUGCACAGUCUUCAAAGCACCAGGUGUCUCGGCGACGAAACGUCAUAGAUGUUCCGCAGCGUCGUUACCGGGAUCCACGCUUUGACGCCAUCCAGCAACAACGCUCUGCGCACACAGGGGACAGCGAAAAAGCCUACGGUUUUCUUCGAGAAUAUCAGAAAGCUGAGAUUGAAGAGCUGCAAGCUGCUGCUAAAAAGAGUCGGAACGAGGAGGAUGCAGCGCGUUUGCGGCGCACGGCGGGCAGUAUGCGAAAUCAGAUCAUGGCUCGCGAAGCCAAGGAGCGCACGCAAGCCGUCAUUCGCCAGCAUCGCAAGGAGGAACGUCUCAAGGUUGAGCAAGGCAAGACGCCAUACUACCUUAAGGACAAAGAGAUCAAGGAGCGGGCAUUGGUUGAGAAAUAUAAGGGUUUGAAGAGCAAGGAGCGGGAGAGAUUAAUGGAGAGGCGGCAACGCAAGGAGGGCCAAAAGGAGAAGAAGAGGAUGCCAAACGCGCGGAGGAUGGUAGGAUAG